GAAGAGAGUGAGAGAGACAUGAGGCAGCCCGGCAGGCAGCGAGAAAGAGUUCGGCGCAGAAGGAGUGAGUUUUAGAGACGCCGGCGAACAGGACCUGCGCCUGCGGGAGAGCCCGGCCGCCCGGCUCCUCGCCGCCUGCGCGCGCUCUCCCGCGCCCGCUUUCAGCACCCCGCGCGGGGAACAGUUCCCGGCAGCGGCCGCGCCGCCGAGGGGCCGCGCCCGCGGGGCACCGGAGCCUGCCACCCGGCCCAGGAGCCCCCUGCGAGAACCCAGGGUGCUCGCCGCCUUCUCCCUUCUGUUCGCGUGCGAGGAAACCCGGGGGAAAGCAUCCGGCGGCCUCAGGAAGUCCCGAAGAAGUCGAAGCAGAAUGUACCAGGGACACAUGCAGAAAAGUAAAGAAAAAGGAUAUGGAAAACUAAGCAGUGACGAAGACCUCGAAAUAAUUGUUGAUCAAAAGCAGGGAAAAGGCUCUAGGGCGGCAGAUAAGGCUGUUGCCAUGGUGAUGAAGGAGAUACCGAGGGAGGAGUCUGCUGAAGAAAAGCCCCUCCUUACUAUGACAUCACAGCUGGUGAAUGAACAGCAAGAAAGCAGACCCCUCCUGAGUCCCUCCAUCGAUGACUUUCUCUGUGAAACCAAAUCGGAGGCAAUAGCAAGGCCAGUAACGUCCAACACAGCUGUGUUGACCACAGGCUUAGAUCUCCUGGACCUGAGUGAACCCGUCUCGCAAACCCAAACCAAAGUCAAGAGGUUGGAGGCCUCGUCGAAAACCUCAUCCCUCAAGAAGAAGGCUGAUGGAUCUGAUCUCAUCGGUGUGGAUGCUGAGCAGAGAGGCCAGCCUCCUCGAGGCCCGGAGACGUCAUCCUUAGAUUUAGACAUUCAAACACAACUGGAAAAAUGGGAUGAUGUUAAGUUUCAUGGCGAUCACAAGGGCCAUCCAAUGGCAGAGAGAAAAUCAUGCUCAUCUAGAACUGGCUCAAAAGAACUGUUGUGGUCCUCAGAGCACAGGUCUCAACCAGAGCUGAGCGGCGGGAAAAGUGCGCUGAACUCCGAGUCGGCGGCAGAGUUGGAGUUAGUGCCUCCCACACAGGCUCGGCUGACCAAAGAGCAGCGCUGGGGAAGUGCAUUACUCUCCAGAAACCACUCCUUAGAAGAGGAAUUUGAAAGGGCAAAAGCAGCAGUGGAGUCAGAUACAGAGUUUUGGGAUAAAAUGCAAGCAGAAUGGGAGGAAAUGGCCCGGAGGAACUGGAUAUCUGAGAACCAAGAAGCCCAGAACCAAGUCACCAUCUCAGCUAGCGAGAAGGGCUACUACUUCCACACCGAGAACCCCUUCAAGGACUGGCCUGGCGCGUUUGAAGAAGGUUUGAAAAGGCUGAAGGAAGGGGACCUCCCAGUCACCAUCCUGUUCAUGGAGGCAGCCAUUCUUCAGGACCCCGGGGAUGCAGAGGCAUGGCAAUUCCUCGGGAUAACCCAGGCGGAGAAUGAGAAUGAGCAAGCAGCUAUUGUCGCCCUCCAGAGGUGCUUAGAAUUGCAGCCCAAUAACUUGAAAGCUCUGAUGGCUUUGGCUGUGAGUUACACUAACACCGGCCAUCAGCAGGAUGCCUGCGAAGCUCUAAAGAAUUGGAUUAAGCAAAAUCCAAAGUACAAAUACCUUGUGAAGAGCAAGAAGGGAUCUCCAGGCCUCACGCGGAGGAUGUCUAAGUCUCCAGUUGAUAGCUCUGUUCUGGAAGGAGUGAAGGAAUUAUAUCUGGAAGCUGCCCACCAAAAUGGAGAUAUGAUCGACCCAGACCUGCAGACAGGUCUGGGGGUGCUGUUCCACCUGAGUGGGGAAUUUAAUAGAGCAAUUGAUGCAUUUAAUGCUGCCUUAACCGUUCGACCUGAGGACUAUUCAUUAUGGAACCGUCUGGGGGCCACCUUGGCCAAUGGAGACCGCAGCGAGGAAGCCGUGGAGGCCUACACGCGUGCGCUGGAGAUCCAGCCCGGCUUCAUCCGCUCCAGAUACAAUCUGGGCAUAAGCUGCAUCAACCUGGGCGCCUACAGAGAAGCAGUCAGCAAUUUUCUCACUGCCCUCAGUCUGCAGAGGAAGAGCCGGAAUCAACAGCAAGUUCCCCACCCUGCCAUCUCCGGGAACAUCUGGGCUGCCCUCCGAAUCGCACUUUCUCUGAUGGACCAGCCAGAACUCUUCCAGGCGGCUAAUCUCGGCGACCUGGAUGUCCUCCUGAGAGCUUUCAACUUGGAUCCUUGAGGGAAAAGAAAAAUAAUAAUAAUAACCCUUUGUCUGUAUACAUCAUUGAGAAAUGCAAACCUGUUUUAUUUUUAAUUCCAAAAAGGUGAAACCAGAUGUUUGAAAUGCCGUGGUGAUAAAACCCAAGGGAAUUCCUACAGACAAUGCCCAGAUCUGUUCAGAUCCAAAAGCACAACAUGUUGUCUUAGAGAGUCAAGGUCAGGCUCGAAAGAAGAAUGAAGAGGCUCAAGACAAACUGAGAUUAAGUAACUAUGUGAAUACCUUUUUCACAAACUGCAAGCUUAUCACAAAACAUCUUUGGGUUUUUGUCCCCACUUGUGGCUGAUGACACAUCUAAGGAGCUUACUCGUGGGACACCUGGAGAAAGCACUGCCUCAGAUCAGGGAAUUCUGACUAUUUCUGAACUGUCCUCUGAAAUUCCCCCUUUUAGAAAGACUGAACAUAGUUUGGGCCGAGGUGCAUGCACAAAUAUUAACUCAACUAAGGAGAGGCAUUGCUUAAAUCUAUUCCAAUGUUAACUUCUACUGUAGCUUUUGGUUCCAGAGAAGGAGCUUUGCUGUCAAAAGCAGUUUUGCACUAGAAAUUUUUGCUGUUCCCAAUCAAAACUUUUUUGGGACUGUAUAUAUGCACUUUAAUAUCUUAUUUAUGCCUUGCUGGAGUUUUGUUUGGUUGCUCCAAUUUUUAACUUGGGGGUAAAAGAUUUGAGAACUCAGCCUUGUUAGAUCAAUGGACCAAAUAAAAAUUCCUGAAAAUAGUUUUUUCAUAGGGUAGGGUUUUGAAGGAGUGUUUUUCUUAAAGCAGGUAUGACAUAGGGUAUAAAUAUGCAAACACAGAUCUCAUUCACUUGUUGUCUGGGACUGUGUGAACUUAAACAGGAGAUAAGAUACUGUCCCUUCAUGCAUUGUCUGCAGGGCAAAAGUGUGAUGAUAUCAUGAUUUCUACUGAGUUAACAUUAACUUGCUUAAAUAUCAUAUUUUCCUCGCUCACUAACUGUCCUGCACACUGAUAUUCCUUUUAAAUUGUUAACAUUUUAAAUAGUAUUUCUUAAGAGUGAUAAAUACAUUUUUCCUAACAAUUGUGUUUUUUUAGUUCUAUAAUAAUCUGCAUUGCUCACCCUUUUGCAUUCUAAGUGAGAAAGACCAGUAUUUCCAGCUGCAUCUCACUGGAUGGCAGAGGUGUCCUAGGAAAGAUGCGUGCCCCUCCUGAACAUUUAUCAAGUACCAGGGCUUCCUGUUGGCAGUGGUGUUUAUUUCAUUGAUUACAUUCCACUCGGUUCUUCAGAGUGUUUUGUGCUUGUUGGGGGCUUAGUGAUCUUUUGGACAGACAUCACUUUUUAACGGAUUAAAAAGGUUGUUUGUAAAAUGCUAACCACAAUAUAGUUUCACCAAUACCCAGUUCUGGUCAUUUCUCCCAGUCAGUUGUCUCAUUCUUCUUCAGUUUGUCUCCCUCCUUCCUCCAAGCCUUCCCCAAGGCACUCCAAUCCCAGCUUUCUUCACGUUCUUUGGUCAGUAAUAGCUGGUUAUACUAAUGACUAUAGCUACCCAACAAAACAGCAUUCACAUCAAGACAGUUCAGUUGAGGGGGAGUGAGUUUCUCCUUGUAUGGGGGAUGCACACCCACACUGAACCGGAGGUGCAGGUGGAACUUGUCUCCUCUGUUCCAUUCGAGAUUCUUGGCAUAGGGGAGGGGUCUCAGGUGAACAUGAAACCACAAAUCCUUGAGGCUUACACAUAUAGGGUGUCCAACCCGUGGUCCACAGGCCACAUGUGGCCCAGGAUGGCUAUGAAUGUGGCCCAACACAAAAUCGUAAAUUUACUUAAAACAUUGUGAGAUGUUUUUGUUUUCAUUACUGUUUGUGUAUUUAAUGUGUGGCCCAAGACAACUCUUCUCCUUCCUAUGUGGCCCAGAGAUGCCACAAGGUUGGACCUCCGCUCCAGAGUAGAGGGCGCUGAGGCAGAAGCUUGGACACUCUCGGUGGAAGCUCACUUGGGCCGGGGCGCCUCCAGCUGGAUGGACAUCAGGAGGCAGGGGCCGUAAGGCGCUCACUGGUGGGCAGCGGUGACUCCGCAGUCACCGCCUGCUUCCCUAGAGCUCAGCAAUAUUUGCAAGAACGGUAUUCUUGACAAUUUUAGAAUCCUAGAAACUUGGCGGAGGAAGGACUCGGGACCAGCCUCCAACCCGUGGUAGCUGCCUGCUUGAGCAUCCCUGAUGGAAUAGCACCCCUUCUUGGCAUGCCGCUUCCUCCUCCCCAUCUCUGUGCAUUCGGCUGGCCAGCUGACUCACAUCCAAUACAAAGCAACUUUCACAAAUGCUCUGUUUGUGACAGCGUUCUAUACUUUCAAUGGUAACUGAAUUCGCACUAAUAAUUAUAGGCUGCUUUCUUAGCUCUGCAGCCACUGUGUACAUGAGAUCAGUAACAAUUUAACAUCUGACAGUGGGGUGGAUGUGCAGUACUUUGAUGUAACUUGAUGGUUGCCAAGUGGUGACAGAUUCAGGGGCCCAUUUUAAUUUGCUCUUUGAAUACAAAGCAACAUCAAACUCCAAGGAGUUGUUUUAGGGGAGAGUAAACAAUUUUCUGUUCUCAUCAUAAUUUGGUAAUUUUCAGAGCAUUUGAGAGGACUUUCUCCAAUAUAUCUAGUGCUCAUCAGAACUAGGAUUUCCAUAAGCUGUUUCCUGUUAAGAAGUACAGAAUCAUUGCCCAGGACAUUUUUCAAUGAUAUUUUUAAUAAAAUUAAGUUAAAAGAGUUACUAAAAAGCAAAUCAGAGCACCACCCAAAAUUAAGUAGCUAAAUUUUAGAAGUCUUUAUUAUGUACAUCUUUUUUUUUAAGUGUAUACACAUUUUUUAAGGCAAAACUUUUUCGGUAUCUUAUUGUCAUGGCAUAAAAUUGUCAUUUAUAUUACUCUUUUCACUUGAAAGAGUAGAAUGACCUUGGUUCCCUCUGAGGCACUCUGGGAAGGCUUUGAGUUUCUUUUUUCUUUUAUUAUUCAGUAACAGCCGAGGAUCUCCUAGAGGAUAAUACCAUUUUACAAGAGUGGCCACCCAGUUGCAUAGAUGUGACUUUCAAGGACUGAUUUCACCAGCUGACUGAAUGAAAAUGCAGAGAAGGCCAGUGAUCAUUGCUGAAUUCCAGAUACAUUAUAUCUGUGUCUGGUGGGCUAUCUGUGCUGCUACACCUUGAUGUGAGGAGGAGUUGGAGGAAUGGAGAAGAGGGGGGAAGGAGCAAAGCGCUUACUAACUGGGCCAUUCAUUGAGUCAUCAUUCCCUUUGCUUUCUCCCAAGAUCACUCCCUGUGACUUCUUGAAAGAAAGGCAGCUCUUGUCCACAAAGACACUUCCAUAGAAAACUGUGAGCUGUGCUUUCUCAACCAGAGUUUCAACUAAAACAACAAAUUAAUGAUAUUGAACUAUGUUGGAAUGUCCAGGACACACUCACUUUCACAGGUUUAUGCCAUUUCUUCAUUCUUUUUCUUUAAAGAGAGCUAGAGUAUUGAAUCUUGUGUCCAUGUUUAGAUACUCCUACUAGAUAAAUUUUUCGAAUAUAUUCUUGCUACACAAGCAAAACUUAAACACAAUUGUCCUAGUGCCACUUGUAACAGGAGCUCCCCAACUGUUUACCAUAAACUUUGGGAGCUCCUUGGGAAUAUAAAAAGCAAAGUGGGCUUUUUGUGUCCUUUCUCCAUUUGUCCCUGAAUCAGUUCCACAGCAGUGGGCUGUACUUUCACUGGUUGUUGCUGUUCUCUUCUGCCUUGAAAUGCUUCUGAAAGCAUUCUAGAAACAGGGUAUUCUGAAGGCUUAAAUCGAGUGCCAUCUUUUUCAGACCUCCUAUUAUAGAAAUUAUUGCACAUAUGUAAUUUAAUGCACAUACAUCAUUUUAACUUUGUAAAAUAAUUUCAAGUUCACUCCCUCUCUGGAUUUUGCUACACAGUUUCUCUAUCUUCUCAGUAUUUACAGAACUGGUUGAACUAUAAACUGUUUUGAAUUAAGAAGUAGAUACAUAUUUUUUUUGAAGAGUGUUGGGAGAUGAACUCUGGCAUAAGUUUUGUAAAAAGGGAAUUUUGAAAAAAUAAAACAUUUAACCUCAGGUACAAAAAUAAUGCAUGCAUUAGUACUUGCAAAUCUGCCUACUUAAAUUAUUAACCAAAGCAUGCAAUAUAACUUUACUGAAUGUAAAUUUACCCAGAGCAUGAUUAAGUUUCAUAGGUUAGCUUAUUCUCCCUUGCUUCUGAACAAGGAAGCAUUUUCAUGACCUUUGUGUUACGGUGUUUGUAUUUGUUUUUAAUAUCCUGUCCUUGAGAUUGUUUACAGGCCCUCACACCGAACUGGGCAGAUAUUCAUGUGUCUGUUUGAGCAGAGUUGCGGCCAGUGCCAAACUAACCCUCUGAGGAAUCCAGGUACUUGGACAUCCAAAUGAUUUUAACAACCAGUAAAGGCAAACAGAUGUAAAACUUAAGCAAAAUCCAUGUUAUCUGAAAGCUCCUAAACACAAUCGUGUUGAUGGCUUCAGCUCAGCUUUGGGUUCUAAAUGCUGAAUAGUGCAUUUGAAAUUGUUUUCUAAAAGUUUUAGGAAUUAGAAAUACUGACAUUCUAAAUAAGGUGAGGGGUUAGGGUAACACCAGGCACAUGAAAACCACUACAAAGCCAAGUGAACAUGGGGCCUUAAUGGAUAUCCACACGUGUCAUGUAGCUAGUGUGCAGAUGCCGCCCCAUUGUCCUCAGCACGGCCCUGUCCAUACAGUAGGCUAGCUACAUGGGUCCAUAACCCUAAAGAAGCUGGACUUGAUCAAUAUGUCUAAAAACAUUGAAAUUCAGGGGUGAUGAGGUGAUUUCAGGGUCACUCAGAACAACUCUGAAAU